AGAGUCGACGAGCAGAGACCAGCGCUACUCUGGGUAUCGCGAUGCCACCGCCCCAUAAUCGAAGCUAGUGCGGAAUUCCCGGGCGCGAUGUCCUCGAUCAUGGACGAGGGUACGGGGCCCGGUGGCCCGGGCCCCUCCCGGUGUCUCCUCAUCCUCCAGAGGUCCCUGGCCAUUCAGCUAACGAGGGGCCCACCCCCGCACAUCCUCAACUCCGCCCAGCACGACACCUGCAAGGAGCAUCCUGCUGACGAGCUGUGGAUGUUCGACAAGGGCUACAACCUCUUUCAGAGCUUCCUGGAAGCGAACUCAAGAUGCUGGUGGAACGACGCCUUGGUCGACGCUACCCAGCAGCUAAGGUACAAAGGCCACGUGGCGCCCGGCAUCCUGAUGGUCGGAGGCCCACCCUGCGCCCUCGAGGUCCUAAGGGCAACCUGGGCGCGCAACGUCCUGCGACCGCCGGCGGAUUACUUUAUCAGAUUCCUCGGGGACGUGGAGGAAUGCAAGGUGACGUCGAUCACUCAGGGUCAGUUUACACCAUUGCCCGAGGCCCUUUGCUGGGCGAUCCUCGAGCUGACAUCGCAACGCCAAGCAGCCACACUGGGCACCCUCUGCUCGGCCUUGAAGAAUACCUUCCCGACGAUGCAGCGACCGAGCCGUGAGCUCGUCUACGAUGCCCUGGCGAAGCUCAUGCAAGAGCGCAAGAUCUACCACACGGCCCAAGGCUACUUCAUCGUUACCCCGGAGACGCAGCGCCUGAGGCGGGACAGCGUCGGUGCGCGGCGCAGUUCUCGCGACGUGGGCCACGCCCGAACCCAGGCCGGCAUGCUCAUGAGCAACGACGAGGCCGUGGCCCUCGUCCACGGUGAGAUGCUCACCCUUAGGGACGGUGACGUCACCCACCAGGCGGUCCAAACCAAUCUCGCCGACGUCAUUUGCGGAGGUAACCCGAACGACAAAGUUCUGUUCGCACGAUGCCGCUCGGUGCCGGGGCGACUCGAGAGGAGGCAUUCCCUCCGUCUCUGGGGCUCGGCGAGGCGCCUCCACCGGAGCGGGAGCUCGAGGUCGCUGCCGCGGAGGCCCGAGAGGAGCGACACGUCCUCGAGCGCGGAGUACGCCAGCACGGACAGCGCACCGCACAGUCCAACGAGUCUAUCCGGCAUAUUUUCAGAAAAGAUAGGCCUGCUGUCCCGACUAUUUCGGAGGAGCACGCGGCGGAAGGGGCCACCCCUGAUGGGGACGUUCAGCGCCCAGUAUCCGCCAACCGAAUGGUUCAAUCCCCGAGUCGUUCAUCUUCACAGCGUGGCGACGCAGACGCGAGCCGCCAGUCCAUCGAUGAUGGAGGGACUGGAGCAGUCGCAGACCAGUUUCCAAGUGUGGGACGACUCGAGCUCGGUAAGGUCGGCGACGUUGCCUCGUAGGCAUCGGCGUCAGCCGAGCGGCGACUCCUCGAGUCUCCUCGCGAACUCGACACCGAGGAGCUCGAGGAGACACCGCUCGCCGUGCUCGACCCUACCGCGCUCCAAGUGCUCGAGCCUGAGCAGGUGCACCUCGAGGGCCUCGGUCGUACCGUCCAGCAACGGGCAGCCGACCACCAACGGCAAGAACUCGACCAACUCCUCGCCCAGCAGGAGUGGCGGCAGCUUUGGCUCGGUCAGGGCGGCGAACCCCGGCCCGGCCAAGAACGCGGCCCAUUUCGGCAGGCUGCAGAGCUCGCGGCACUCAUCCAGGAGGCCGAGCCACGACCUCUCCAGCGGCGGCAGCAAGUCCGCCAGCAGCUCGCCCCAGCACAAGGCCCUACAAAAGUCAUCAUCUAACCACUCGAGCCACUCGAGCGGCAAAUCGACGUCCAGCAGCCGACUAUCGUCUUCGCCCCUCAAAACGACGAGCUUCUCAACCAGCUCCUCGCCCCUCAAAGUAAUCCAGCAGGGCGCCCUUACGCCCCUCCAGCAAGCCCAGAACUCGAUAACCCUCCAGGUCUCGACGAACCUGAGCCCCUCACAGGAGCAACGCGCCUCCAGUGUCCAAAGCAGCGUGACCCUGGCCUCGAAUGCCUCGAGCACGACGACCAUCUCCGGCUCGCCGGGUACCAAGAUCUACGUCCACCAGAACAACUCGCCGAUGCGCUCGGUCAUCACGUUCGAGAACGGCACGACGAGCAAAAGCGGCAAAGCCAGCAAGGCUGACGAGGUCCAGAAGGAGAAGAACCAGGAGAAGCUCGACAAGCAGCAGGAGAAGCACGAGAAGGAGGCCUACGGCAAUAAGGACAAGGAGGGCAAGAAGCCAGUGACGGAGCCGGUAAUCGAGGAAAGGUUCCCCAGGUCAGAGAAGAGCGGCAAGCCCGAGCGGCCCUCCUCACUGUACGCAUCCAAGGAGACAAGGCCGGCGCCCCUCUCCGAGUCCGACAAGGAGAACAAGCCGAAGAAGCAGGUCGAGGAGGAGCUCUCGAAUAAGCUGAAAUUGACCAACAACCGACUCAACAACAGCCAAGCUCACCUUAUCGACGGCUCGAGCAAGGAGACCAACGACGCCAUGAACAACUCGCGCAAGCUCAGCCUGUCCCUGUCCAAGGACGCACUCAGCUAUCGGAAUCUUCUACGGCCGGGCUCCAAGAACAACGUCACCUCGAAUCCGCCCUCACCGACUAAAUCCUACGACGGCUUCGGCGGCUCUUUUAACAAUGUCUACAUCGAGAACCUCGAGAGCGCGAAGCAGCGAGCGGUCCAAGGCUCGGAGCCGAACCUCGAAAAAACCAUGAGCAGGGCCGACCUCUACUCUUAUCCUAGUCUAAGCGACAUGCAAGUGCAAUUCACGAGCCUCGCCGCCCAGAAGAUUCUCAAGGGCUGUCCCUUGAACAGCGUCGACACCCUUGUCGAGGUCAACAUGGCCGCCGCCGAGAAGCCGAAUAACUGUGACGUCACAGUCCACACCGAUUUUGGCUUAGUUUAAACGGCCCACCCG